AUGAACAACGCAGCAUUUGAAAUGCAUGAAGAUGCAGCACCAAAAGUUUCCUAUACAGGGAAGAGGUACACCAUCUCCAGCUCGGACAAGAAGAGGCAGUGGUCGUUGAUGAGUGUUUUCCUGGUCUCUCUCUUGGCCUGCACCAUUACCACAGCAGUAGGAGCCCUGAUCCUGUCCUUGGUUUAUAUCAACUCUCAGCCCCAUUCAGAACCCAAGCCGCAAACCACGAUCGCAACACUGCAAAAGGCGGUUGACCCCAAAUUCCAGUUUCUUAAUCAUUUACCCAAAUCCAAGGUGUUUGAGUUCUCUGGUGGUGCGAUCCAGUGGGCCCGGUACAGGAACAAUGUCAGAGACUAUCUCAGCGUUGAAGAAGAGGCCUUUGGCAGCAGCUUGAACAGCCAGAGAUCGCAGCUGACUCUGAGGACCCUGAGAAUAAAAAGCAAUGGCCUCCGUGCUCCUCACUGGCACUUUAAUGCAAAUGAGCACGGCUAUCUCGCACAGGGGACAGCAUGGAUCGGGGUGGUUGACGAUGGUCACGUCGUGACCACGUACAACGUGACAGCUGGCCAAGUGAUCUUCUUUCCUAAAAACACACUGCACUGGGUAAAGAACAUGGGGAACGAAGACUGCUUUUUCCUCCUCUUCUUUUCCACACACGAUGAACUUCAGACCCUAGACGUGGAUGAUGUCUUUUUUUCUACCCCCGAGGACAUCGCUUCCAGGUCGCUUAAGCCUGAAGGCGGAAUCGAUUUUAUUAGGACAUUCCACAAGCAACAAGAGGAUCAGGCCGUCAACCUUCCCCCCAACCUGGUGGAGCUGGAGACGAACGCGAGUUACGCACAGUCUCCAGACAGCCUUGUGUGGAGGUACUUUUAUGACCUAAAAGGUUCAAAAGAGUAUCGAUUUCCAGGAGGAAUAAUACAGCUGGCACAGUAUUGGAAAAAUGAAAGUGGACUAAGCAACAAUGAAAAAAUUUUUAGUAAAUUCCUGAAUCAGCACCAAAAUGCCCUCACUUUGUGUACACUCAGAAUUUACAACAAUGGACUGCGCCAGCCACAUUUCCAUUUCAAUGCGAAUGAAAUGGGAUAUGUCCUCAGCGGAUGUGCAAAGGUGGGCAUUAUUAAUACUCAGGGUGCCACAGAGUUUGAUAUUCACGUUGGAGACGUGAUAUUUUUCCCCAUUGGAACCCAGCAUUAUGUUAAGAGUACAUGUGAUGAGGAUUUGCUUUUCAUUCUUGCCUUCAGCACUGGAGACCAGCUACAAACCCUCGACAUGGACGAUUACCUCCAGGCCACAGCAGACCACAUCCUGGCCCAGCUUUUCUUCAAGAAACAAAGUGAGUUUAAGAAGAUCCCCACAUUCAAGGAGGACCAGGCAAUCAACCUGCCUUAG